ACGCUCGCAGCCGAGAAGGGGACUUCCAGCGCUUGGCCGGGACCGGUUGAGAUGUGAUUUAGGUCAGGGUCGACAGGCACACAGGCCAGGUUGGCCCAGAUGGUUGCGCUGGCUCGGCCAAGUUUUUUGUUUUCCGCCGAUUCCCCAGCUUCCAAAAUUAACAACACGCCUCAGUCGAUAUUGCCCCCACCUGGGCCGGCGCGCCGAUUCAUCAUAUUGGGUGACUGGGCUGUGCUCCUGCGUUGUCACGGCUGUACCUUGCCUGAGCUUGCUUCCAAUGUCCAGCCCAGCCUCGCUAGCCUCAGCUUCGGGGGCGAUUUUGACAGAAGCAGAAAAGGGGGUCAGGGCGAUCGGUUUUGCCACCGCUGCGCAAGCCUCAUCGGCUAGGGCAUCACGGCAUGUGGUGACAGGUGCCAGGCAAGCCAGGUUGCCUCGACGGAGACACGGAGAAUCGACGCAUCACCGCUCUACACAAGUGUCAAAGUGCUGACUGGGCGCAAGUGAGUUGACGGUUCAUGGGGUCGGUCGGGAUGCAACGUAUUGGCUGAGGCCGAGUCGGGAGAGGGGGAAUAAGGGGGUCCAUGACGUCAUCCUGGACCCUUCCCGCAGCCCGGAAAGGCCAUCAAGGCUACGAAAGGCCGAACUAUUACGCCAUCCGACUGACGGACACUCUCCCUGACACAUUGCCCGCCUCCAUCACGUGCUCUCCCUUGAACCUUGGGCGGCUUUCCCACCAAUUUCGUGCCCAGCCGCAACCUCAGCCCCAGCCGCAACCCAACCCCGACCAGACACCUGAGCGGGCGGGCAGACCUCCUUCCCGGCUUAUACGCUCCCCCACAUCCCCACAUGCGACUCCGGCCCGGAGAGCCUCAGAGCCAAACACAGCCGCGGCGGCCGGCGUCUGGUGCUGCUGCGGACUGGAAGCGGGCCUCCGGGCUGGCCGACAGCGGCUGAAACCCACUCAUGCUGCUGCUACUGCUGCCGCCGUGGGGAGAGGACUGGGUGAUUGAUAGGGAGAUGUAACCGGCUCUCGGGUAAGGGGCAGCCUCGGCGCAGAGCUGAGGUGUCUUGGCUGCUUCUGGCUGAGACGGGCAGCUUCACAGAAGGCAAUGAAAGGCCCUUCUUGAAGCGCCUCACCGGCUCGCUCUUCGCCUACAAGCGGCCUCGGGCCGGCGCAUGCAGAAAGGCUUCAACAAAUCUCAGGCCCGGGCUUUGCUGUUGCCCAGGAUUCCCCUUGCGUGUAUAUGGCGUGUGUGCCAUGGCCUUUGGGAAACGUGAUGCUAGCGCUUUGUCCUUCCAUGCUUGGGCGGAUGCUUCAACUCCGCGCAAGUACAGAUAACUGUCCAUUCUCCUGCCUCCCUCGGGCGUCUUGCGAGGUUUUCGUCCCGUCUCGGUACGGCGCGUGAGCACACCUUUGAACAGACCCGGCCUUUCCCACCCCACCCCCACCAGCCCGGUUCUGCUUGCAGUUUGGACGACACCGGCUGAGUAGGAAAGCUUCUCUUGGAGAAGUUGGAGCCAGCAAAAGAGACGAAAAACAUGUCCGUCCACCCUAUCGCAAAAGCUUAGGCCGAUCACCCUCGUUACAAGUUCUCCAUUUCGUCUUGCGAUCACCGGCUGCUGCGCGUUGGGGCCGGCGCGGUAAACGUGGCUAAUGGGCAAAACGCGUACAUGCUGUCGCCGCUCCAGGCCCGAGCGAGCCGGAGAGGCCAGCGCUGCGUGAAGAAACAAUAUGGUAUAUCUGUAGUCCAUCGCGGCCACCCCUGGACGUGGCAAGGAUUCAGGGACAGGUACGCGGACAGACUAAGCAUCGGUUUUUCAGGACCAAGCCCCAACAGCCAGCUCUUGCCAUCUCCCCUCCCAUCCACCUCGGGCCAGUCAUCCCGUUAACUCCAACUCAGCCCAUCGCGAGCUCGCCAUGGGUCUCUACGACACACUGCCGCCGCACGUGCCGCAAUGGCUUCCGCUGGCCUCGGCGGGCGUGCUGGUGAUCGGCAUGGUAUGCUGGUACUCGGCGUACGCGCUGAUCACGCUCAAGGCGAUCAAGGACAAGAGCUACGGCAUGCCCAUGAUGGCCACCAUCGGCAAUUGGUCCUGGGAGCUGCUGUACCCGUUCUGCGUGGCCGAGCACCCGUUCGAAAUGGUCGGGCUGGGGCUCUGGUUUUUUCUCGACGUUGGCAUGGUUUGGACGACCGUUAUGUAUGCGCAUAACGACUGGAAGAUUUCGAGCCCCUGGGUCGGCCGUAACAUGGGCAAGAUCUUCCUGGUGCUGAUGCCGUUUGUGCUCUGGGGCAACUACACCUUCUCGUCCUGGUGGCUGUCGGAGCCCGGGGCUGGCUCGGGUGACAAGACGGGCAAGUGGUUCAGGGGCCGCGAGGGCUACGAUACGCUCGAGCUCGGCAUCUGGAGCGCCCUGAUCCCGCAGUGCUGGAUCAGGGCCGGCAGCCUAGCUAUGCUGCUCUCGCGCCAGCACAGCGCCAGCACGAGCUUUACGAUUUGGUUCCUCAGGGCGCUCGGCUCGGCGGCCGGCAUGUGGGGUACUGGCCGGAGCAGCACGGCUCCUUCGCCAGCCACUUCCACCUGUUCCUCUCGAGCAUCUACCUAGGCGCCGACCCGAUCUACCCAUUCGUCCUGUACCGGGUCAUGCAGACUGAGGUGAUCCUACCCGACGCUAGACACAUCGGCGCCGAGCACUACCGCAUCGAACAGGCGCUGGCCAUGGCGGCGGGGCAGGCCAUGGAGGUUGUGGAUAGGAAGGGCUAGUGAGGCCGGGGAGCAGUGGUGAGACAGGCGGACCGACAUGUCGUCACUGUGCCGCGGGGAUGUGACGUCUUGCAAAUGGUUGCGGUCUGUUGGUUGGCUGAUUGGGAGUCAGUGGCAGGCUCUAGGGGCGCUAUUGAUCGAGACACAGCUAACAGAUCAUUACGCGCAAAUUCGAAGGGUGAUACUGGACAGGACAGAAUAUAUUUGCACGGUUUCCAGAUUGGGCAAAACUGCGCCGUUUUCUUAUUAACUCACCGUUUUAUUUGCCGCCAGACAUGUCGCUGGAUGCUGGCUGGACAGCCGUCUAGACAGCGACGGCCAAACCGCCACCGCCCGGCAGCUCCUUGCACCUUUGCAGCAGGUGCCCGGUUUUGGGCGCAGAGCCGAAAGGGCCGUUUUGGGGGACAAAAGACCAGACCAAUCAGGGCGGGGGUUCGCAAGCUCGGACGCAAACGAUAAUGACCUCACGACUUCUGAAAAGCUUGUUGGCAUUGGCGGGCGGUGGUUUGCCAAGAGCAUUGGCAUCUGUUCGACUUUGUUCGUUGAUGCUCCGCCCAUCCCUCAUCCCCGCAAAAGUUUACAUGCCGCAGGGUCAAUGGGGCACUGACGGAGCACGUGG